AUGGUCGAGUACGUCUACGCACUACAUGACUUCCAGCCGGAACAUGAAGACGAACUCCCGUUCCGCGCGGGAGAGCGCAUCGAGGUGAUCGAGAAAGAUGAUAUGUACGGCGACGGAUGGUGGCAGGGUCGCAACUUAUCCGGAAGACUCGGUUUGUUCCCUCAAUCGUACACCACCCCUGCAGCACCUCUCGCGCAGACCGAGCCAACCCCAGCCCCCUCCUCUACGGUUGAGCCAUCGCCUGCCGAGCAAGCGGCAGCGGCUGCGACCGUUCACUUGAACAACAGCAGCAUCCGGCAAGUCGGCACCCAACUACACCCCGUGGACGAAGAGCCAGAGCCACCGUCUGCCACCACCGUCGACGCGAAUCCAACAGCGUCGCCUUCGCCCUCUCCCUAUUCCCAGCCCUCCGCAUCGCCCUUCUCCCAGCCUACCACAUCACCUUUCUCCCAACCCUCUCCCAGCGCUAACGAUGCCUACGACGGUUACGCGGACUCGGAAGCCUCGCAAUCCCGUCCCUGGCUGCAUGGCGAGGCCGACGAUACCAGUCCGGUCGAACAGAAUGGGCGAGUGAUGCGGGAAACGAUGACGGAUGUUCAGAAGGCGAUCGAGCAGCUUGGCCGAGGACACGGGCCUAUGGACAGCCGCUCCUUCAGUUUUGCCAGCUCUCGGGAGGAUUAUACCGACCGCGGAAGCGAGACCGAGGGCAGCGAGUUCGACCCGGAUGCCGAGACGGAGGGUGACGACGAGGGUACCGGGUGGCAUAAGGAGGCACGCCAGAAGCUUGCCGAGAAGGCUCGCAAAGCGGCGCUGAGGAAGGAGAGGGAGAGUCGGACGAUGAGCGUCGCCGUGCGCAUGAUCAGCCCCCCCAUUGACGUGGAGAUGAGUGACGAGAGUGAGGAGGAGGACGAGGGGCACACCGCCCAUCACCGUCUCAAUUUGGUGGAGUCGCCUUCUGACGGGCGUCCCUUCGGUCAUCAACGCUCCCACAGCGUCAUUGCUGAAGAAAGCGGAGAGGACGAAGGUCAGUCGGCCACCGUGUUGCCGAAAAACGAGGGUACCCCGGAGCCCACGGCAACGGCGACCCAGACGACAUUCCCGACUAUCUAUCCACCACCGCAAGCGAGCGCGCCGGUACAGAAACGUCUCAGCGCCAUCUACCCCGAAGUCGAACAGCUAGGAGGUCACUCAAGCGAGACUUUUACAACCGCAACCCCAGGAAAUUCUAUUCCUACACCGGUGACACCCGUGUCUGGCCCUUCCGAGGUUGCCCAAGAGGCGGCACCUCCAGCCAAAGCUGAAGAGAUGCAGAAACCGUCAAGCCCACCCGUAGAGCCCGCACCGCCGGUUACAAUGCCUACCCCCUUACCCUCGGUAUCGUCUGUCUCGCGAGACUUUGCUAUGGGCCUUCCUUCCCCCGCUGCGUCAGCUGCUUCCAACAGGUUGCAGCAGCAGCAGCAAACAAUAGCGCCGAUGCCAACGCUCAAGACUGGGCCCUCAGAGUUGGCUCCUCCGACCGACACCGUAAAAUCACCUACGUCCCAUCCUUCGGAAUGGACUGUUGAGGAGGUGGUCGAGUGGCUGAAGUCAAAGGGCUUUGACCAAUCCGUCUGUGACAAGUUCGUUGAGCAAGAAAUAACAGGAGAUGUACUUCUCGAACUAACCGUCGAGGUUCUGAAGAUGGAAAUCGGGAUCGCACAGUUCGGGAAGCGCGUCAGGAUCGCGAAUGCGAUCGCGGACCUGCGACGCCCGCCUUCUGUCUCCUCAGACCCCGACACGACGUUGGCCCCAUCUCAAUCGCAUUCUAUCGCGGACAGUGGCCUCAGCCCGUCGUCCGGCACGUUCGCACAGACGCCGGUCUCUUUGGGCCGGUAUUCCGUCCAGUCAUCCUCUCACUCGGCAGGCAAUCGCUCUGCUCGCUCGAUUGUCAGCCCUGAAAGCCCAGGUCAAUCCACCGACAUGACACUGGGUGGCAGUCCCGUCGUAGUGGACCGUCAGGGCCACGCCAGGAAGGAGAGCGAUUUAGGUAGCGGCCAUAGUAUACGUUGGAUUACGGACACGGAACGCAAUCGUGACUCGGAUCAACUGCUCGCCGUCAACGGCCGAACGAAGGGUCGACCGACUCAACUCUCCUUGUCACCGAGCGAUAGCGCACUUGGGGCGAAGGCAGUCGCUCAUCAAAAUAUCCCCGAGGAAAGAGGGGAGGAUGAACACGGGGUAGCGAGCGAGACUGAAGCACAUCAGACCGAGAAGAGCAAGAGGAGACGGUUCUUCGGACGUUCCGCAGAGUCCACCCUGAGCGCGGUCGACGACAGACCAUCGUCCAAGCGCAACUCUGCGGAUGCCAAUGGCGGAUCUAUUCGCGAUUCGGCGACCGAAGUUGACAGCGUCCAUAGUAUGUCCAGGCACGGCAAGAAGAAGAGCUUUGAUGGCACUCCGAAAAGCCAUGACCGACUGAGCAUCUUCGGGAGUCCGUUCAGUGGCGGGCUUGGCAAAACCAGAAAGCCGGCACCUCGUUACUCCGUCGCGAUGGACAACGCAGACUUGCCGUCCGAAAAGUCAUCGAGGAGUCUGUCGCGCCUAGUUGGUUCAAAGCGUGGUAGCGGUCGGCCAGGUACUUCCGAUGGUUCGCCAGCGAACAGCCCGACCAAGACUAAAGAGGGCGCUGGAGAGAUGGGCGAGAAAACGGAGAAACCGUUGAAACCGCUAUCUCCGUCGGCGGUAGCGGACAUCAAACCCAAGGAUCCUGCGCUCCUGAGGAAGCGCACGUCUUCAGCAGCGGAGGUUCCUCGGGUCAAAAAGGAAGACGGCGGAAACCUGGGCGCUCUUAAGUCUGGACAGAACAUUCUCGAGCAAAUUGGCACCCCUGAUCAUUAUGGCUGGAUGCGCAAGCGCGGUGAUCGGUAUAACUCGUGGAAGCUGCGAUACUUCGUACUCAAGGGGCCCCAUCUAUACAUACUACGCAGCAACAGCAAGACAGAGACGAAGAUCAAGGGUUAUAUCAACAUUCAAGGGUAUAAGGUCAUAGCAGACGAGAACGUCGACCCAGGACGUUACGGGUUCCGGAUCGAACAUGACACAGACAAGACGCAUUACUUCAGUUCGGAGGAGCAGCUCGUCAUCCGAGAAUGGAUGAAAUCCUUCAUGAAGGCUACUAUCUCAAGAGACUACAACAAACCUGUCGUUUCGUCCGUGAACAUCCCGACCAUCCCAUUGGCUGUGGCACAAACUAUGAACCCAGCGCCCCGCCCACCUUCGCCCACGGCGCGAGAUGCCACGCAGAAAGCGCUGCGGCGGGAGAACACCAAUCAGCUCUCGAGUCGCGACGCCAGGGUCCUUAUGGGUCUGCCCUCUGAGACAGCUGAUGUCGAUCCUGUCCCUGAGCGUACUCGCCUCGAGUCUGUCUUCACAAGCCCUUCGAUCCCUGUUACAGCUAAAGCCGAGGGCGAAUCCUCGUCGCGCAAGUCUAGCACGUCGCUCCGGCAGACGCCGUCCGUUCCUUCCACCCCAAGAGCGGCCGCUCCUCCAAGACCUUCUCGUGAGAUGCGACGUAUCAGCUCCACACAAUCCGAAAUUACUGUUGCUUCGGGCAUCGAUUCCGACCUGAUAAUCUGGGCAAACUCGCACCUUCCUCGGGCGUUGAAGAUAACCGGCACCACCGAACCCCUCUGCGGCGGUCUCACGCUGCUUCGACUCGCAGAGCACAUUAAGGGAAGGCCAGCGUCCCCUCCCGUUCUGGACUCCGCCUUCCCCAGUGGGCCGAACGACGACAAACUAGACGGCUUAUUCCGUCUUUUCGACUUCCUGCUGGACAACGACGUGAAGAUGGGCAGUGUCAGCAUUAACGACGUGCGACAGGGUAAGAGGGACAAGCUGAUUCAGCUGUUGAAGGCCCUGAGGGCUUGGGAGGACAAGAAAAAGGCGUUGGCGGCUUCUUUGGAGAAGAUCCCUACCAUGCAACAAGGGCCGAUUGUGCUGUGGUAAAAUACGAUGCCUCAUUUACGCAUACUCACGGACAUCUAGCAUGUAGCUUUCCUCAUUACCUAUCACGGAGGUUUCUUGAUAUUGUCUAUAUGGACAUAUU